CAUAAUCUGUUGAAAUCGACUGUAGACUGGUGAAUGAUGUUUUCAAUUCUUGCUGUUAGCCGACACCUUUGCCAACUGAUUGCUCUUAUUGCUAUUAAUGGGAUGACUCAGAGUAAAGGCGACUGUGAUAACGAUGGCAUGGGAAUUGACAAUGAAUGCUGUACAAAUUAUGUCCUGGUUGAUGGAAUCUGUACAGCCUGCACUCCGGGAUACUUUGGACGGAACUGCUCCGUUGUGUGUCCCUACCCCUCGUAUGGAGUAACCUGUGGUGACCAAUGUGAAUGUGACAUAUCCAUAUGCAGUCAUGUAUUUGGCUGUCCCACGAUCGAAACAAAUACCAAAGCUGAUAUUACAAUUACCCGUUAUCAAAUAAUAGAAAUCAAGGAUGGUGCUACUUCUAUAAUGGACAGAUACAGAACGACAUCCACCGAGUCUACCGUCAAUUCUCCAUCACAAGCGUUAAACACGGCCACAGUGAUCGCAGUAGUUGGAGGGGUGCUUUCUCUAUUUUUGUUAAUCAUUAUCAUCAAUCAGGUGAAAGCAAGAGCCGGUAAAAGGAGAAAAGCAAGGCAUUCCGUAAAAACUGGAAACGAGCAACAACAUGAAAAUACCAGCGAUGACUACUGCGAUAUUGAUGAAAACGAAGUCAAUGUUGGACUUCGGUAUGAGCGCGUAGUAACCAAUGAGCCCAACAAGGAUAUCGGAGGACACCUUGUUGAAAUGUCCCCUGAUUAUCCAUGGCGUUCAGUCAGUCAGAUUCAAAAUGAUGCCACACUUUCCCCUCAACCUGAAGUCUAUCAAAACUAUCAGUAUGCCGGCCAUGACGUCUCCAGCAGCAACACCUCUAGUAACGGAUCAUACAUCAAGCCAAUAGACAAAGGGAAUGACUAUGCAAAAGUCAUAGAUACCAAAGACGGGGACAUUUUAGUUUGCAUUGACACCAAUUCAGAGUCCUCGUUGCAGCACCCUUCGAAAAAUGAAGACUUUGAGAGCGAGAAACUUUCAGAUGAAGAUUCGCGGGAUGAUAACACAUAUUUGGACGUAAUUUCAGGAAUGAUUUGAAAAUAUCUUAACAUGCUCUUUGAAAAGAUUCCAGAUCUUUGUCAUUAUACGAAGUACCUUGUAUAUUUGUCAUGAUAAGAUGUAAAAGACAUGUGGUGUCCAAGUGCGUAUCUACAAAAGGUAAUUUAAAUACAGUGUACAUUCCAAUACGAUAAAACCUGUCAAAUAAACAGUGAGUGAGUUCUAGUCAAGAAAAAGGAUUCUCAAUAUGUACAAUUACCAAUGUUUAGUUAGAAAUAAACCUUUGAUGUUAA